AUGAGAUUUUUUCUUGUAGCUCUGCUGUCAUUGCUGGCAAGUAGUACAAAUGCCUACAAGACAGGCCUCAUGGGCUACGGCCAAUCAUGGUACGAUCCGCCCUGUGCCUACGCCUGUCGCGCCGUGAUCAGCAGCGUACCUCUCGACUGCCCGUCAAUGGACCACCAUAGCACGGGCGCAAGCGAACACUCACACGGUGGUUCACCAAUGGCACCCUGCAUCGCACAGAACGGCGACUUUCUCCGCACUCUCGCAUAUUGCCUCAACACCCGCUGCGCAGAUGUUUCAGCCUCAAAGCUUGAAGCGUACUGGGUACAGCAAGCAACAGGGGAUAAAACUGUGUCUGCGGAAUGGACUUAUGGUGCUGCGCUUGCAAAUGUGACGGCGCCUCCGAAGAGGACGUAUACGGCGGGCGACACGCUGAACUACACGGCGCUUAUAGCAGAUGCUGAUUACCAGUAUCAGUAUGACUUCAAUGUCUUUUUUGACUGGGAAGAGGCUGUUCAGUCUACUUACGUUAUCGUGUUGAUCUCUGUAGGAGUCGCAACACCAGUAUUUUUCUCCGUUCUGGGUUACGUCCCUUUCAUCAGCCGUGCCACAGAUAGGAUUAAGUCACAUCUUAUCUACCCAUCUUUCUUUCGCGGCUACAACAUUCGUCCACUGCCUUACCUCCUCGGUAACGCCCCAACAAUGGGCCAGGGCUUGUGGGUCGCCAUGUUUAUUAUCCUGAACAUCAUCCUCGGUGCGGUUUCUUACAAGAACUUUCCUUACCCUCAUCCUUGGGGCUUCACAAAGUCAGCCGAGCUACUCGCAUACGUCGGCUACCGAACAGGUCAUAUCUCGUUUGCCCUGCUACCACUGACGGUCCUCUUCUCUUCGCGCAACAAUAUCCUCUUGUGGAUCACCGACUGGCCUUUUUCGACCUUUCUGGUGCUUCAUCGCUGGGUUGCUCGUCUCUGUGCGCUUCAUGCUGUUGUUCAUUCUAUCACCCUCCUCGCUGCCUACGUUAGUCUCGGAACAUACUACACAGAUGUUCAUAAGCCUUAUUGGAUAUGGGGCAUUGUGGGAACACUAUGUCUAGUACUUCUUCUGGCUCAGAGCGUUCUUUGGUUCCGCCGUGCUUCAUACGAAGUAUUCCUCAUCCUACAUAUUUUCCUCGCCGCUUUCGUCAUCAUUGGCUGUUGGUACCAUGUCUACCUUUGGAAGCCAUUCUCUGGAGUUUACGAACUGUGGAUCUACAUGGUCUGCGCCGUAUGGUUCUUUGAUCGUCUCUUCCGUGUGCUACGCGUUGCGCAUAAUGGUGUACGACGAGCCACUGUCAUUGAGCUAUCUGAUGAAAUUGUCCGUCUGGAUAUCUCUGGUGUUAGAUGGCUAUCUACCCCGGGUUACCAUGCCUACAUAUACUUCCCUACACUGCAACCGCUUCUUCCAUGGCAGAAUCACCCAUUCUCCAUCACUAACACAGCUCUAUUGCACAAGGUGUCUACAUUGGAGCAAGCAUCAUCCCACUCGGGUGACGUCGAGAUGAGCCAGAAGAUCCCUCAAGUUGCCAUAUCACAGAGCGUCGCAGGUACUGACAGCAUCUCCCUCUACAUCAAAAAACACAAGGGGACUACAAGUCUACUACGAAAGCACUCAAACCUUCCUAUUCUCCUCGAGGGCCCUUAUCGCGGCAACAUCACUCGUGAUGUGCUUAAAUGCGAUCGCGUACUGCUUAUCGCUGGCGGAAUUGGCAUCACUGGUAUUUUGUCGUGGACCCGAGCUCACGUGAAUGUCAAACUGGCGUGGAGUCUGAAAGAGUCUUCUCGGCCGCUUCUGAAGGACCUCGAGCCAGCAUUAAGCGAGAUAGCAGACAAGGUCAUAUCGGUCGGCGAGCGUUUGGAUGUAAAGGCGCUUCUGGAGCAUGAAGUCGAAGCGGGUUGGAAGAGGAUUGGUGUCGUCGUUUGUGGUCCUCCCGGACUUUGCGAUAGUACUCGUUCUGCUGUUGUGAGUGUUGGAAAGGCAAGGGAGGCUGUGUUUGAACUGGAGGUCGAUGCUUUCAGUUGGUAA